UCAUUGACUAUUUCUCCUGUGUGCAGUGCAUACCCUCGUUUGUGGAACUGGCAAUCAGGACACUAGCAGAAGCUGGUUCGGCCAUUGGUCUGCAGGUCUUAUGCCAGCAGGUUGUCAUAGCAGCCCUCUACUACAACCCUGUGCUUCUCUUUGAGACGCUAAGCAAGAUCCAGAGGCCAGACACACAGGAGAACCUACUGGACCACUUUGUCAAGAUGUGGCUAGGCAACAUUGAGUACUUCAUGGGGCUGCACGACCGCAAGAUGUGCGUGCUGGGGCUCUGCACGCUGAUCAGCCAGCGGUCACGACCACAGGCACUCUCAGAGAUGGCACCCCAGGUGGUGCCCUCACUGCUGGUGCUCUUUGAUGGCCUCAAGAGGGCCUAUGCCUACCGUGCCCAGGAGGAAGAAGAAUCUGAUGACGAGGAGGAAGACGAUGAUGACUGUGAAAAUGACGUGCUAGACUCUGACGAGGACGAGCUUGACGAUGAGGGCCAGGAGUACCUGGCGAGGCUGGCUCGCCGUGCCAAGAAGGGAUCGCCAUUCCCGGUAACUUCAGCCACCAUCGAGGAUGACCCUGAUGAUGACGACGACGAUGAGGACGAGGAGGACGAAGAAGAAGAAACUGCACUUGAAUCGUACACGACACCCCUUGACGAUGAUGAGUGCCCUAUCGAUGAGUACCAGGUCUUCAAGGAGGUCAUGCAAGGCCUCCAGAGUGCAGACCCGAUGUGGUUCGGUGCCCUGACCUCAGGCUUAUCUGCCGAGCAACAGAAGUCCCUACAGGAAGUGUAUGUGCUCGCUGACCAGAGGAAGGCAGCCGCAGAGUCAAGACGGAUUGAAAAGAGUGGCGGCUACGUGUUCCAGAACCAGACAGUGCCCACGUCGUUCAACUUUGGCGGUGCUCCUCUCUGCUAGCUGCCACAGCUCAAUGAAGGCCCUUUUGUCCCGUUUCUCUCUCUAGCUGGCCUCUUUUCUUGUUUGCCGUUCCUUUUUAGCCUCUGGUGUUUUCUUUUCUCUUCUUUGCACUCGGCUGCCUUUUCUCACCAGAGAAGGCCUCUUCUUUCUGCUGUGUGGGACACUUUGCCAAGAGACACUUCUCUGCCAGUGCAACUGUGUCCAGGGAAGCAUUGCACUUGUGGCACUGGACUAUCAAUGCAGCACGGCCGGUGCCACCCAUCUGCUGGGAGUAUGUUCCUAAAUCUACAACUGCUGCAUUGCUGCCCGUGACACCAGUGGCAGUCUUCGCCCUGUCUGCCUUGAUCGAACUCCCACACCACCGCUUUCGGUUACCAUCGGUGCUCAAAAGAGUUGAAGAAAUGACUGCCACUGAAAACACCGAAGCGGCUCUGCGUGGCCACAAACUCACCUCUUGCCAAGUCUCAAGGCCGAUCUCGAAUCGGUGAAAGCAUGCUGGUUCUUUCAAUGUACGGAAAAAACUGAGAGACGAGGCUCUGCUAGUAGCUUCUCUCGUGCCACUUACCAUUUUCCUCAACAUCCAGACGGUGGCACACGUGCAUGUGACGUGGUGACGAGUGUGUGCUGUUGUGUGCCGGACACAUUGCAGUAAAGCAAAAAUGAGAAAACUGUGGCAGUGGUGUUUAUCUCCCUGCAGAAGAUUGUGAGAAGCAUGGUUGUUUGUGCAGCUCUCUUCUACCUUUGUAGACGUGCUUUUGUGGGGAAAAGAAAAUGUGUUGGGCUGUUUGUCAUAUUCAGGUGUGUAAAGCAUGCGUAUAUUUUGACAGCGAAGGGGGCUUUGUUGUACAGCUGCUUGAUUAUCCCCCCCUGCUUUGUUUAUCGUACCUCUCACCUUCGAGCAUCUCGGCUGCGGCUCUGUGUGCUUGGGCUUUGACCUUUGUGGCUGCAGAACUAGGCUUAGCAGCCGGUAUGCGAACUUGUAACUCUGUGGGGAAGAGAGUGGGUUGUUGUGGCCUGCACGAUACGAGCCACUAGUGUACAAAUUGAAGUGAGGGUGCGAGUGAUGUGUUGAGAACAAGAGGCUACUAUUUUUUUUGUCACUCUUAGCGCACGUACUGCGUGGCACCUAGUGGGGUCACGAGACGGCUGUAGAAAACCGAGUGGCAAAGAGAAGCAGGCGAAUUUAAAAUGACAAUUGUUGCCUUAAAGGUGUGCAAAAGAGGCUUGCCUGGCAGUCUCGUGUUUUGAGUUUUGCAUUUGGAACUGUGAGAGUACUGACAAAAAUAAAACCUAUUGACACAA